GCGGCUGCGGCUUCCCUGGGGCCCGGGGGGCGCCCGGUGGCAGCGGCGGCGGCUGUUCCAUGACCCCCCCCGGAGCGGGGCCGGGCGGUGAUGGCGGCGGGGAGCGGAGCCCCGGCCCGGGAGCACCGGCUGCAGCCCGGGGACACCCUGCCGGGGCUGGCGCUGCGCUAUGGGGUGACGAUGGAGCAGAUCCAACGCGCAAACCGCCUCUACCCCUCGGACACCAUCUUCCUGAAGCCCACGCUGCUUAUCCCGGGGCCUCCGCGGGGACCCUGCCCCGAGCUCGGGGCCGCGCCCGCCCCGUCGGGGGCCGCCCCCGUCCCCCCCCGCGGGGACCUCUCGGCCGCCGCGUUCCUGCAGGAGCUCGAUGCCCAGAUCGGGCGCUCCAAGGCGGCGGCCGAGCAGCGGCUCCGCUCCGGUGGCACCGGCGCAGCGCACGUUGAAGGCACUCGGAGCCCCGAGGCCCGGACCCCCAGCGCCCCCCGGGCCCCCAGCUCCCCCCGCGCCCCCAGCGCCCCCCGGGGCCCCCGGCUCGGCCCCCGGCCCCUCACCAGCACCCCCCGGGCCGCUGCGCUCCGCGAUGCAGAGGAUGAGAUCUUCACGCUGUGAUGGGGACACCGAAGCUGCACCAUGGGGAUGGUGAUGGGAGCCCCGGACCCCCAGCACCCACCCUGCUGCACACGGGUGGGGAUACAGGGAUGGGUGCGGGGGGGGGAUGUGGUGUCCUUUCCUGCUCUCUUUCAAGGGACCUUUCCUGCUGCAGGGACACCCAAGGCCUCACGGCAGAGCCAGGCUCCUUGUGGGAGCACUGGGGGAUGGCACCGGGAGCUACUGGGAGCGACUGGACAGGACUGACCAGCGGACGCUUCCCUUGGGGUUGUAUUUAUUUGUACGUCUUUGGUCUCCGGGCUGGGACCCCAGUGCCUGGACCCCCAUGGGGAGGGGGCUGGCACCUCCCGGCCCAGAGCCUGGCAAUAAAGCAGAGCACUGUUA